UGUAGCUGCAUCUCCACAUCCACACCAACACCUCAAUGCUACUCAAACACCCUACGGCGCCGUCAGAUUGUUGAUUACCCGUCAUGCCAGUAACCACACGAGGAGCUCCAGUGGAAGUGAAGGCUGCGCCCGCGUUGUCGAGCUUCAACUCUACCGGUCUACUCCAGGCCACAUGCCCGUCUCUCUGGAAGCCGGGGAACUCCAUUUUGGACUCAUCCUUCAGGUCAGACGUCACUCUGCGUGCCGCCUCGAACGGCUUCGUUAGCACGGUCCUCGAUGCGUAUCUACAGCACAACCAUUUAGUUCUCCGCCCAGAGGACGUAUGGUUUGCGAUCCUCAUACAAUUCAGCUUUUACGUCAACAAGCAUGCCGAAAAGCUGCGCAAGUACUUUGUGGAUCAUGCCGGGAAGAAGAAGCUCGAGAUCCUGCAGGAUGUCAUGGAGAUGCCGGCGUUCGCCCUAGGGAUGACGGAGCUGAUUGCAAAGAACGUCAAAGACCCGGCUCUGAGGCAGUGGAUCAUGCCUGAUUUCAGUACUACGACGGACACGGACCGGAUCAGCGCUGCCAUCAUCAUGAUGGGUACGAUGCAGAAGUACUUCGCCUACUUUUGCGGCAUCACAUGCGGUAUCCCAUCCGUUACACUUCUGGGCGAGAAGAAAGACUGGGAAGACAUCCUCGAACGUGUCCACUACCUUGCUAAGUUCGGCAGUGAGCAUGCCGAGCUGCUCGUGUGGAACUCGGUGCUCACCGCCGUCGUCUCCCAAUUUGUCAAAACGUUUGACAAUCCCGAUACCCCUGACGUCGUCAAGUUCUGGCAAAAGGCGGUUCACCGGUACAGUGAUAACUACUCGGGCGAGAAGCACAUCACAGGGUGGGUUCUUGCCUUCUGCUUUUGGGAUGCUGAGGGAGAGCCGCUCGUAGCCCGGCGAGUCGGGUGGUCUGCGAAGAACUGGCAACAGGGCGUUGCAGAUGAUGGGCUCGAUUGGUGGUUUGAAGGGCAGCGGCUUAGCGACCUUGAGUGGAAUGACGUGCCCUCCGGCUUCGCUCACGUCCCAAUCCACAUCAAGGAUUAUACCAGUGGAGAGAAAUCCGUGGCUAAAGCAAUUGCCGGAUCUGUUGGCUGGCGCGUUCUGGACUCCGACGCGUUGUUCGCUAGCACUCGUGGCAAAGGGAAAGCCAGCGCAAAGCAUCCAGAUCAGGCGGUCCUUAGCGUCUCGAGAAAGCUCAAAGCUUCGGGGCCCUCCAUGCUCACGGAUACCACUCUAGUUAACCAAGCGCCUGCCCAGAAGCCAGGUAUACUGAAGCAAAUCGCCCAGAAGAUCUUCUGCCUUGGGUCGGAAAACGACAACGAUCCUACGGCGGGAGGCAAGAAUGUUGAAAACGACAACUCUCCCCAGGAAGCUAAUCCCGAGCCCAACCCCGCCGAUGGGCGUCGCAAAGUCUGGAUGAAUGGAAGAGAGAUAUAUGUGAGGGAGCCUGAGCCCGAGGUUCCACAAUUGUCCGAUCUCAGCGAGUUGAAUAGGCCGUGGGCGUACGAGAAAGGGGGCAAGAACGAUACACUUCAGCCUGAGACAGGCUGGUGGGUGAUGAAGACCAUCGAUGGACAGUAUGGGAAGGACCCUGAUGUCCCGGAUGUGGAGUUCGAUAGCGAUGCGGAGGGUUAUGAUGAUGACUUAGCGAGGAAUGGAAGGCCGCUCUAGGAUGCAGUGCCGGAGGAGAGCCUAGGUUGGGGUUUCAGACUGGAAGCAACUCGACGUUGGGUAUUGAAAGGAUUCAGAGGGGCAGCGUAGGGUAUAGGUAAGUCGCCUAACCAUUAUCUCUGUGACCGAACGGGGUUUGAAAAUGAAUUUUCUUGAGUUCAACUGUGCUUGCCAGUAGCAGAACAGAGUUUUGGGCACCUCAAGGUGCCACACCUACCUUGACUGCCCUA